UAUUCUAAUAGACGCGGGACAGACAAGUCACCUGUAGUUGUGCGGUACAGGAGAAGCCAGUGGCCCAGUAGUGACUGGGAUCAGGGGGGGCACCUUCAUGACACAGCCCUCCCGUAUCCGUGUUCUCCUACAUAUGCUCCUGAGCAGCGGCCGGUGACCCAGCCACAGGGACAUCACAUGACUAUGGAGGAGCAGAAGGAGAACAGGGCUCUCUAUAAUGGGGGAUGUGAGGAGGAGGAUGAGCUGUGCAGGACGCUGAGGACGGUGGAGCUGACAGGAGGGGUCAAAGGGAAGAACCCAUGUGACAGUCAGGAAGACCAAGGGGUUCACACAACUAAAUCUGGGUCCAGUGACUUCAGUGAUCCAGUCUACAAAGAAAUAGCUUUUGCCAAUGGAUGUGUAAAUAGAAUGAGUAAAGAUGAGCUCAAAGCAAAACUUACGGAGUUAAAGCUGGAUACCAGAGGAGUGAAGGAUGUUCUGAGGAAGCGUCUGAAGAAUUACUACAAGAAGCAGAAAUUAAAGCAACCCAUUGACACUGAUGAUGCCUACUUUGACUACAUCUGUGUUAUUGACUUUGAGGCUACCUGUGAGGAGGGCAAUGCAACGGAUUACAUCCAUGAGAUUAUAGAGUUCCCCAUUGUCUUGGUCAACACAAGGACUUUGAAAAUUGAGGAUACUUUCCAGCGGUAUGUGCGGCCAGAAAUUAAACCAAAACUUUCUGAAUUCUGUAUUAAUCUUACUGGAAUAACCCAGGAUCUGGUUGACAAGGCUGACACGUUUACUGUGGUUCUCCAAACUGCAGUGGACUGGAUGAGAGAAAAGGAGCUGGGUACAAAGUUCAAGUAUACAAUCCUGACUGAUGGGUCAUGGGAUAUGAGUAAGUUCUUAAAUAUGCAAUGUCGUGUAAGUCGUAUAAAAUACCCACGGUUUGCAAAGAAAUGGAUUAAUAUCCGCAAGUCCUAUGGAAAUUUUUACAAGGUUCCAAGAAAUCAGACAAAGCUGACAACGAUGCUUGAGAAACUGGGCAUGAAAUAUGAUGGUCGCCUUCACUGCGGUUUAGAUGAUUCAAAGAACAUUGCUCGAAUAGCUAUUCGCAUGCUGCAAGAUGGCUGUGAACUUCGUGUCAAUGAGAGAAUGCACAAUGGACAGCUAAUGACUGUAUCCUGCUCCCUGCCAUUUGAAGGGGCUGCAAUUCCUCAUCAUCCACAGUAUAGAAAGUAACAUUUUUUAAAAAUCUUUUUAUUUUUAGAUUGGAGCACUUUAUAUUUUAAAAGAGAGAAAUAUAAUAUCUUAACGUCCACUGUACAAAUGUGGCAGUGAUAUGGAAAAUAACCAUGACUUUGUGGAUUGAUUGAUUUCAGAAAUAAAGGUUCCAAUAGUGCUCAUGUGCUUUCAUAAUAAUUUAUAAAAUAAAAAAUGUACUAAAUUCC